AUGAUCGACAAGAUUUUGACACUGGCUCGGAGCCAUGCCGAGACAUCACCCAUUUCCUUCUUAGCGUUUCUUGCCGCGGCAUCAGCAAUCCUCUAUCUAUUCCUCACAGAAGUCCAGCGAUUACAAGCACGUAUCCCCGGCUUUUCUGGCCCCACGGGCCUUCCCAUGAUCGGGAAUAUCCAUCAGAUCAGAGUCAAUGCCGCCGAACAAUACCGUCAGUGGGCCAAGACAUAUGGCCCAGUAUACCAGAUCAUGCUGGGCAAUGUCCCUGUGAUUGUGGUCAACGGGGCCAAAGCUGCAAGAGAGAUCUUUGGUGCUAAUUCCCAGGCACUCGCCUCGAGACCCGAAUUCUACACCUUCCACAAGGUGGUCAGCUCAACCGCGGGCACCACCAUUGGCACUUCACCCUUCAGCGAAAGUCUUAAACGGAGACGCAAGGGUGCUGCCAGCGCUCUCAACAAACCGAGCGUCGCAACCUAUAUCCCACAUAUUGAUAUCGAGACUCGGGACUUUGUGAACGAGUUUCUUCUAUAUGGAGAAAAUGGUGAGAAAGCUGUUGAUCCCAUGCCUAUGAUUCAACGUCUCUCGCUCUCUCUCGCCCUCACUCUAAACUGGGGCACACGCAUGGCUUCUCAGAACGACGAACUUUUUGGUGAAAUCACUCAUGUCGAAGAGGAAGUCUCAAAGUUCCGCUCCACAACAGGAAACCUUCAAGACUAUAUCCCUCUACUUCGUCUCAACCCCUUCAGCUUUGGCAGUGCCAAGGCACGUGAGAUGCGCCAGCGUCGAGAUAAAUACCUCAAGAAGCUGAACAAAGACCUGGACGACCGCAUGGCUGUCGGCUCACACAAACCUUGCAUUCAGGCCAAUAUUAUCCUAGACAAGGAAGCGAAACUCAACGCCGAAGAGCUCACCUCCAUCUCGCUGACCAUGCUCUCUGGUGGCCUCGACACCCUAACAACCCUAGUUGCAUGGUCCAUGCCUCUACUUGCCCAACGACCAGAAAUUCAGGCUAAAGCUCUGAAAGAAAUUCGUGCCGUAUAUCCAGAGGACCAAAUUCUCUGCGACGCCAAUGACGACCAGUCCAUCCCUUAUAUCUGCGCACUUGUUCGCGAACUUCUCCGUUACUACACCGUCCUUCGCCUGUCCCUACCACGUGGCACGGUCAAAGACGUUGUUUACAACGGCGCGACAAUCCCUGCCGGCAGCGUGGUGUUCUUGAAUGCUUGGGCGUGCAACAUGGAUGAUCAAGUGUGGGACGACCCAGAAGAAUUCCGUCCAGAGCGCUGGCUUGAGCAGCCUGAUGCUCCAUUGUUCACUUAUGGACUGGGUUAUCGCAUGUGUGCAGGCAGUCUCCUGGCGAAUCGCGAGAUGUACACCAUCUACCUCCGUUUGCUGAGCGCAUUUGAGAUUAAAGAUGUUGUGGGCAUCGACGGCGGCGAGACUGCCUUUGAAACACACCCUGUCAAAGGCGUUGAAGACCAAACACAGUUGGUCAGUGUCCCCAAGCGCUACAGAGUAAAGCUAGUGCCGAGAGAUGCAGCUCAAUUGAGGAAAGCAUUGGAUGAGUACGUCGAUGUCGCACAUUGAGUGUCUUGACUGGUUUUCAGCACAGGAUCAUUGUCCAGCAUAGUACUGGUUUGACGAAAGGUUUAUAUGGCAUCCACAUUUGGGUUGUAUAGGUCAUACUGAGCAGAUGAGGUUUGAGAGUCAU